AUGAGAACACAUACUGAGCCCUACUCAUGCCCUGUGUGUGGGAAAGGCUUCACUCGGCAAUCCAGCCUGAUCGUCCACCUUCGACAGCACUCAGGGGAGAAACCAUUUGUCUGCAAGUACUGUGAGCAAGCCUUUGCAUUAAAAGAUGCCAUGUUGAGGCAUCAAAAGACUCACGCUAGGUAA